CCCCUUUGUAGACUUCCUCAUUUAAUGCUUGUUAAGGCAAAUCAUUACUCGCUAUUUAUGAAAUAUUAACUCAAUUGUAAGUUGAGUAUUCAAUUGUAUACAAUGGCUCUACGCAUAAUAAUUGCUUUGUUGAUCAUCGUUGUAGUAUCUUCAACGCAAGAUUGUCAAGACAAAUUUCGGUGUGGCGAUGGAGAGUGUAUUAAAGAAUUGUAUGUUUGCGACGGAGACGAAGAUUGCGAGGAUAACAGUGACGAACGCGAUUGUCAUGCCAGAGUAUGUGACUCAGAAACCGAAUUUCGAUGUAGAAGCGGCCAAUGCAUCCUAAAAUCAGGCGUAUGUGAUGGAAUAUCUGACUGCGAAGAUGACAGUGACGAAUCAAGUUGCAAUUGUCUUAUCAAAUUUCAGUGCGACAAUGGAAAUUGUAUUGAUGAAUGGCGUGUUUGUGACGGAAAAAAUGAUUGCAAAGAUAACAGUGACGAACGCGAUUGCCAUGCCAGACCAUGUGACUUAAAAACCAAAUUUCGAUGUGGAACCGGCCAAUGCAUCUGGAAAUCAGACGUAUGUAAUGAAACACCUAACUGUGCAGAUGACAGUGACGAAUACAAUUGCACUUGUCCAUUUCAAAUUCGGUGUGAGGAUGGAUAUUUUUGUAUUGAUGAAUUGGAUGUUUGCGACGGAAGAAAAGAUUGCAAGGAUAACAGUGACGAACGGGAUUGCCAUGCCAGAGUAUGUUACUCAGAAACUGAAUUUCGAUGUAGAAGCGGGCAAUGCGUCAUGAAAUCAGACGUAUGUGAUGAAAUAUCUGACUGUGAAGAUGACAGUGACGAAUCAAAUUGCAAUGAUGUGAAAAAAGAAUCUACUGUUAUCGACAGUGUUACUGAUGAUACUGCAUUUGGAGAACUGGAACAUUCAAGUUUCACAGAUUUUUUCAAGAGUCUUUUCAAGCGAAAUUCAACCAAAUUUUAAUAUUUCAAAUUAAAAAUUCUCAAAAUGUUU